UUGAGGGCGAGCUGCGCGCGCUUGCGCGAGCGAGCGAGACGGCGGAAGUGGGGGAGGCACAAGAAGCGGAGCGCGAGGGCAGACAGACGGAGAGCGAGCGGCCGCUGGUGAAGGAUCGCGUCUUGGACCUUCUCGUCGCACAAUAGCCGAACCCGGGGGCAAAGAAGAUAAGCUUUCCAGUCGAAGCUCGCUGCCCUUGCCCGCCCUCUUCCUCCGUGCGUGUUUGCAUCGGCAUUUGUCGAGACGACGGCCGAUCGUGAUUGAAACCGCGCCGCUCUCUGGUGACUUUUUCUCCUCCCGGUUUGCCACACCUGGUGGAGUCUUGCAUUGAUUUUCUGCUUCUUUUUUCCCUCCUCCCUCCCCUCCUCCCCACCCCUUUCAAACUCUAUUGCUCGCACCGGACAUGGUCGACUAUCACGAAGCCAACUCGCAGUUGCAGCAGCCCAACCAUGGGGACUACAUGCAGCCCGAGGAGGAUUGGGACCGCGACCUGUUGCUGGACCCAGCCUGGGAGCGACAGCAACGGAAGACCUUUACAGCAUGGUGUAACUCUCACUUGCGUAAGGCAGGGACGCAGAUUGAAGUAAUUGAAGAAGAUUUCAGAGAUGGACUUAAACUUAUGCUACUACUGGAGGUGAUUUCAGGAGAGCGAUUACCAAAACCAGAGCGUGGGAAAAUGAGGGUGCAUAAAAUAAACAAUGUCAAUAAAGCGUUGGAUUUCAUUGCAUCCAAAGGAGUAAAACUUGUCUCCAUUGGGGCAGAAGAAAUUGUGGAUGGGAAUGUGAAGAUGACCCUAGGUAUGAUCUGGACAAUCAUACUUCGUUUUGCUAUUCAAGACAUAUCUGUGGAGGAGACCUCUGCCAAGGAGGGAUUGCUGCUGUGGUGCCAGAGAAAGACUGCACCAUACAAGAAUGUAAAUGUGCAGAACUUCCACAUCAGUUGGAAAGAUGGUUUGGCAUUCAAUGCGCUUAUCCACAGACACAGACCAGAACUUAUUGAUUACGAUAAGCUGAGGAAGGAUGAUCCACUGACAAACUUGAAUAAUGCUUUUGAAGUGGCUGAGACGCACCUGGAUAUACCCAAGAUGUUGGAUGCAGAAGACAUUGUGAACACCGCCCGCCCUGAUGAGAAGGCAAUUAUGACCUAUGUCUCCUGCUUCUACCAUGCCUUUUCAGGAGCACAGAAGGCUGAGACUGCAGCCAAUAGGAUUUGCAAAGUCCUGGCAGUAAACCAAGAAAAUGAACAUCUGAUGGAGGAUUAUGAAAAACUGGCCAGUGAUUUGCUGGAGUGGAUUCGUCAAACCAAACCCUGGCUAGAGAACAGAGAGCCUGAGAAAACAAUGCAAGCUAUGCAGCAAAAAUUAGAAGACUUUCGUGAUUACCGCCGUGUCCAUAAACCACCUAAAGUGCAGGAGAAGUGUCAGCUUGAGAUCAACUUCAACACCUUGCAGACUAAACUCCGACUCAGUAAUCGACCAGCCUUCAUGCCAUCUGAAGGGAAAAUGGUCUCGGAUAUUAAUAAUGCAUGGCAAGGUCUGGAGCAGGCGGAGAAGGGGUAUGAGGAAUGGCUGCUGAAUGAGAUAAGGAGGCUGGAAAGACUUGAUCAUUUGGCUGAAAAGUUCAGGCAGAAAGCCACCAUUCAUGAAGAUUGGACCAAAGAUAAAGAAGCAAUGUUGACACAGAAAGACUAUGAAACAGCUACUCUGGCUGACAUUAAAGCCUUGCUGAAGAAACAUGAGGCAUUUGAGAGUGAUCUGGCAGCUCACCAAGAUAGAGUGGAGCAGAUCGCUGCCAUCGCGCAAGAGCUCAAUGAUCUGGAUUAUUAUGACUCUCCCAAUGUAAAUGCACGCUGCCAGACUAUCUGUGACCACUGGGAUACUUUGGGCUCGUUGACACAGAGCAGGAGGGAUGCCCUGGAGAGGACUGAAAAGCUUCAGGAAACAAUUGACCAGUUAUAUCUGGAAUAUGCCAAAAGAGCUGCACCUUUCAAUAACUGGAUGGAGGGAGCAAUGGAAGACUUGCAAGACAUGUUUAUUGUCCAUACCACUGAGGAGAUUCAGGGUCUUAUUGCAGCACAUGAACAAUUCAAAGCAACAUUGCCAGAUGCUGACAAAGAGAGGGAGGCCAUCCUGGGUAUUCAUAAUGAAAUGAUGAAGAUUGCCCAGUCUUAUAAUAUCAAAUUAUCUGGUGUAAAUCCAUACACAUCUAUCACUUCACAGAGUAUUAAUGAUAAAUGGGAUAAGGUUCAACAGUUUGUGCCAGCGAGGGACCAAGCCUUGCAAGCAGAAUUUAACAAGCAACAGUCCAAUGAACAUCUGCGUGAGCAGUUUGCAAAUAAGGCUAAUGUUGUUGGACCCUGGAUUCAGACAAAGAUGCAGGAAAUCGGACGGAUUUCAAUUGAAAUGCACGGCACGUUGGAAGACCAACUAAAUCAACUGAAGCAGUAUGAGAGCAGUAUCAUCAAUUACAAACCCAACAUCGAGAAAUUAGAACAAGAUCAUCAGCUCAUUCAGGAGGCACUCAUCUUUGAUAACAAACACACCAACUACACCAUGGAGCACAUCCGAGUUGGCUGGGAACAGCUGUUGACCACAAUUGCCAGAACCAUCAAUGAAAUAGAAAACCAAAUCCUCACCCGUGACGCAAAAGGCAUCAGCCAAGAUCAGCUGAAUGAGUUCCGAUCAUCAUUUAAUCACUUUGACAAGGACCAUACCGGGAAACUAGGACCUGAAGAAUUUAAAGCCUGCCUUAUCAGCUUGGGUUACGAUGUUGGAAAUGACCAGCAGGGUGAAGCAGAGUUUGCACGAAUAAUGAGUAUUGUUGCCCCCAACAACACUGAAGAGGUGUCAUUCCAAGCCUUUAUUGACUUCAUGUCACGUGAGACAACAGACACUGACACAGCUGAACAAGUAAUGGCCUCCUUCAAGAUUCUGGCAGGGGACAAGAGUUACAUCACAGCAGAGGAGCUGAGACGUGAGCUUCCCCCCGAUCAAGCUGAAUACUGUAUUGCCCGGAUGGCGCCAUAUAGGGGACCUGACGCAGUGCCUGGUGCUUUGGAUUACAUGUCCUUCUCCACAGCUUUAUAUGGGGAAAGUGACCUGUAAUCUGAUCUUUCUGCAGCCAGCCCAUACUUUUAUUUUAUUCCCCCUUUUUCGCACGCGCGCUCUCUCCCCCGCCACCUAAAGUCAGUGCUAUAAACAGCAUUUUGGAGUUAGCACAUGCAUUUACUGAAGAACCUUUAUACUCUACAUUCCAUUAUGUCUUAUUAUGACUUCCAGUCUUCAAUCUAUGCAAAUAUUUCCAUUUUCUGUUUCUAUAUUGGGGUAGUAAUACUGCAAACAUGUUUUGCAAACUGUUACAACAAUUUGGAGCAUAUCAACUGAGUGCCACAGGAACUGUCAAUCAGUCUGGGAAUUUGGAGGUUUGAUUUUUAAAUUCUGAAAAUUCCAUAGGAAUCUGGCUCCUUUGUAUUUUUCCAACUGUACUUGAUAUUGUAAAACUAAAUAUUUUUUUACUAUAAAUAUUUAGUAUUCCUGUUUUCACUCUGGUGUUUCUCCCCAUAAAAUCUAGAAGUAUGAUAAAGUUGAGCUGCUUCAAUUAAACUUUUAUUUGCAGCCGGUAGAUAAACAUUAAUUUUGCACCAGACAGGCCACGUAUGAAGAGCACAAAUGUAGUUUAUCAUUACAGUGCUGAGCUUUUCAGUGCUUGAUCCCCCAGCUGAUAAUUUGUUUGCAGGAGUUUGGGUUACCUCAAUGUUUUCACUGAAAAUCAUUACUGAUCCAGAUUGCAAUUGUUUUCUCAUUCGGUGUCCCAAAUAUUCCGCGCUGCACUCACUCUACAAAAUCUGAGUUAAGCCUUUAGAAAACAAAUGUUCGGGUGGGUUGGAAGGCACUUACUGAAGAGGCAACUUUUGAUCCAUUUUUUAAAAAAAAUAAAAAUGGAAGGCUGGUGGUGGAUUUGAAAACUGUAAUUUGUCACAAACUUCUGAUGGCAUUUCAAUAAACCAUGACGCCAAAUUGGUUUGAGGGUCACCAGAACCCUCAAGGAUGAAUUGCUGCCUCCAAUAUAAUUGUCAGUUGUUUAUGAUGAGAUAUAGCUUAUUAAAAUUAAGUUUGACUUUUAGUUGCUGUUGUGCAGUGAGGUCAGAGUAAAGAUGAGACAGUGUUAAAGCAUAACCAAAAUUUAAGUGGGACCAAAAUCAUUGGUACUGGAAUUAAUCAUGGAAUAGCAAGGGUGAUGGAUAUAAAAUUGUACAAAUCCAGCCGAAUCUAAGUAUUCUUUCUCCAGAGACACAUUAUCUGCAGUGAACAAAAAUCAUGCUCACCUCCAAGUUCUGACUGAGUUUGGAAUCUGAAAUGGGGCAUGUUAUACUUACCAAAUGCAAAACAGUGAGUUGGCUGUUAAAGAAUCAGAAGGGUUUAAAAUGAACUUGUGGUAUUCCAGUUGUGCAUUUUAAAUUUUAAAUCAUGCAGUUCUAAAGAAAAACUUAAAUAUUUGAAGCAUUAACUAAGGUGUAUGAUGAACAAUCAGUUCCACUUGCAUUCCUGCACAUUGGUCACCUGACAAGAUUGAAAUUUUUCAUCAGAUUCACUUUCCCCUUCCAUCACCACCACCACCAUAUACAUCAUUUUGACGGUUCAGUUGAGCGCAAAAUAGCACAUUUUAUUUGAGGUAGAGAAAAGAUAUUUAUCUCUUCAUAUUUAAUCUUUUUUUUCUUGUACAUACUGCAGUGACGUUUAAUUUGAAUGAGAAGACUGCCUUUUUAAAAAAAAACAAAGCUGGGCUUUUUUCUGUGAAGGUACUUUUCUUGCAGAAACAAGUCCCGAGUUGAGAAAAAAAAAACGGGUGCUGUUGUGGGUUUUGUUUUAAUUCUUUUUGAUUUUCCUUGCUUUUGGGAUCUACUCCAUAUUUGAAUUAUUGCUGUGAGACACAGGCUGGCCUUGAGUUAGAAUAAUAGCUGCAGUAUUUUUUUGGGUGGUGAUGGAGGGCUUUUUCUAUUUCAUUAACAUGGGACUUUAUUAUACAGUAUAUAAAUAUAUAUCAUCUGAAACACUUCCAUGGACUGUAAUUACUGCUUGAUUUUAAGAAGAAAUAAAUUGAACAUUGCAAUGGACAAAUGAGAUUUUCUGGAAUAUUGGUGAGGAGUUUCUCUGAAUAUGUUCUGUCCCUUGCUGUUAUUAGCCUAUAUUACCAUGUUUUUGAAAUGUGAUCAGUGAGGGCUGCCUUUCUACAUUUUGAUCUAAGGGUGUUUUCAAUUGCUCUCUGCUACCUUAACCCUAUUAGAUGAAAUAAAUCAUCAAUAUUUUUGAGAAAGAAAA